AACUUUCUCCUCUCUCUCUUCCCCUCAUAAUAAUAAUACAGUAGUGUAUGUCUAUGGUAUAUAGUAGAAUUGCUGUAUGUUUGGUAAAUCCAAUCUGAAACUCUGUUUUAAGUCGCAGAGCAAUACCAACUUAACACACAGACUUGACGCAGAGACUGACUCUCGAGUUUUAUAAGUUAGACUAAUACUAAUCAAGAUUCUAUCAGGAGAAAGACACAUGAGUUGCUUCAGCUGUUGUGAAGAAGAUGAUAUUCAUAAAGCUUCUGAAAAUGGACCAUUCAGGCCAAAUAACCCUGCAAGUGCUCAUGUAGGCAAUACUGCUGGAGGUUAUCUAGUCCAAGAAGCAGUAACAAGGGAUACACAGUCUGUUACCAUUCAUCCUAUUGCCGUCCCUAAAAUUUCAGUGGAUGAGCUUAAGGAAAUGACAGAUAAUUUUGGUACAAAAUCCUUAAUUGGUGAGGGGUCUCACGGAAGAGUAUACUAUGGCAUUCUCAAAAGUGGGCAGGCUGCAGCCAUCAAAAAGUUGGAUUCCAGUAAGCAGCCAGACCAGGAAUUUCUAGCGCAGGUAUCCAUGGUGUCAAGACUAAAACAUGAUAACGUGGUUGAGCUUGUUGGUUACUGUGUUGAUGGCUCUCUCCGUGUCCUGGCCUAUGAGUACGCUCCUAAUGGAUCUCUCCAUGAUAUGCUUCAUGGAAAGAAAGGUGUGAAAGGAGCAGAGCCAGGUCCAGUUCUAUCAUGGACACAGAGAGUCAAAAUUGCAGUUGAGGCAGCCAAAGGCCUUGAAUAUUUGCACGAGAAGGCACGGCCUCAUAUAAUCCACCGUGACAUUAAGUCCAGCAAUUUACUUCUUUUUGAUGAUGAUGUUGCUAAGAUUGCUGAUUUUGAUUUGUCAAAUCAAGCCCCCGAUAUGGCAGCUCGUCUCCAUUCUACACGGGUUCUUGGAACCUUUGGUUAUCAUGCUCCAGAAUAUGCAAUGACUGGAACGCUUAGUUCUAAGAGUGAUGUUUACAGCUUUGGUGUUAUCCUGCUGGAGCUCUUAACUGGACGUAAACCUGUUGAUCAUACAUUGCCACGUGGACAACAGAGUCUUGUGACAUGGGCAACCCCAAAACUUAGUGAAGACAAGGUGAAGCAGUGUGUUGAUGCUAGACUGAAUGGAGAAUACCCUCCCAAGGCAGUUGCAAAGCUCGCUGCUGUUGCUGCCUUGUGCGUGCAAUAUGAAGCUGAUUUUCGACCUAAUAUGAGCAUUGUAGUGAAAGCUCUUCAGCCCCUUCUGAACACUCGGCCUGCAGCUUCCCACAGUGAAACGCGACACUCGUGAAUUCCUCCAUAGGGAUGAACCCUUUAGUUGUUCAAAUUCGGUCUGACGAUGUGAUUUGUUUCCUUUUGUAAAUGGGUGCUUUUAAUUAGUUUAAGAUCAGCUACCACCUACCAUCCUCAACCCCAAUCAUAUACUUGUAUUGUUUAUCAAUCAUCAAAUCAUCAUCAUAUCAUAUCGUAUCAUUAUAAUUGAGUUCAAUAGACGGAAGUAGAGGAAAGGAGGAGACAAAUCGCUUUGGCUUUCCAGUAUUUAUUACACCAGAAAAUGGGUUUGUUAGAUAAAUUUUUUAAGAAGAAUCGAACCAGAUUACGUGCACUGCAACUGGGUUGGAUCCA